UGGAAUUAGCCGUAUCGAUUGGGCUGAUAACAGAGACCUAUAAAAAGGCAGGGGGAUUGGCUUUGCAUUUACUACAUCUCCGAAGCAUUUAGCUCAAAAAGCACCAAGCCACUGCCUUUUCUUUAGUGGCACUUGCGCCUCUGUAUGCGUGGCGGGGGGGGAGGGGGGUUCUGUGCCUGGAGUCCUCUUGCAAUUGAAAUAACCUGGAAAAGAUGUGGAGGAGCCUGUGCAAACCGUACACGUCCCUGGCUCUGCUUGGACUCUGCUUUGCAAUGGUCGUCAGAUCUCUGCCUUUCUCUGAUGCAGGGCCACAUGUGAACUAUGGCUGGGGGGAACCUAUUAGAUUAAGGCACCUAUACACAGCCAGCAAACACGGUCUGUUCAGUUACUUCCUGAGGAUCAACAGUGAUGGCAAGGUGGAUGGCACCAGCAUUCAGAGCCCCCGCAGUCUGCUGGAAAUCAGGGCUGUGGCAGUUCGCACGGUGGCGAUCAAGGGCGUCCACAGUUCCCGGUACCUCUGCAUGGAAGAAGACGGGAAGCUGCAUGGACUUCUCAGGUAUUCUACAGAAGAUUGCUCCUUUGAAGAGGAGAUACGCCCAGACGGCUACAAUGUAUAUAAAUCAAAGAAAUAUGGAGUUUCUGUGUCUUUAAGUAGUGCCAAACAAAGACAACAAUUCAAAGGGAAAGACUUUCUUCCAUUGUCUCACUUCUUACCUAUGAUCAACACCGUGCCUGUAGAGUCAAUGGAUUUUGUGGAAUAUGGUGAUUACAGUCAUACUUUUGAAUCAGAUCUAUUCUCUUCACCUCUUGAAACUGACAGCAUGGACCCCUUUGGAAUCACCUCUAAAAUAUCUCCAGUGAAGAGCCCCAGCUUUCAGAAAUAACUAAUGCUCCUGACUUUAAAUAUGGCUUUUAAGAAACAUUACCAGAACCAGGAUAUUAUUUAGCUUUUCCAGUAGUAAUAUGUAGAAUAUGUAAACUUUUAAGGUAUGGUGCUAGCAUUGUUCUUGCAAUGUACUAAACUUGUAAGGUAGUAGCACCAUUCUAAGGCUACAUUCUAAGAACCACCUAUUCAUGUUUUCACAUCACAUGGGGGGGG